UUCUCAACUGAGAAAAUGUGUACCCUUUCCCGACUGAACCAGUGGCUAAAUACAGUAAAGUUACAGUUAUGUGCAAAUCAACUGACACAGCGUAUUCGUGUGCAAUUCGUGUGCAAUGAAACAGCCGGUGUAAAAGUGAGAAACAGACGUUGUGAAAAAUACAUUACCGGUGAUGGAGUUAUUCCCUUAAUUAAGACAAUUUAUCAUGUAACAUUUUGCAAUACCCAUGCAGUUAAAGUAAUUCUUAAAUACGGGGCAUGGGUAACAGUGUUACGCCAUUACAGUGUUAUAGCGGCGGGAAACAUGACUUAUUUCACAUUAUUCACGUGUUUAUGGAUAUUGAAAGUGUCAAUAAUUUUCUGCGAUGAUCCUGACCCAUGUGAGCUGAGGGACGCCGGGCUAUUAUCCCAUCCUAAAGAAUGUCAGUUAUAUUACAAUUGUUCGCUGCCAGUGAGAAGAUUCAAACCAUGGUUAGGGAAACAUGUAAUGGAGUGUACAUACCCAGACGUUUUUGACGAGAAAACUUUACAAUGCGGAGAUUUUCUAAAUGUACAAUGCAAUUCAAGAGAAACAUAUGACCACGCGUGCGAAUAUCGCAAUAACAUGUGCUGGCCAAAGUCAAACUGUAAGCGAUGCAUUAGUGACUUCUCAUGUAAUCCAGAAACCGGAAGUGGUCAUCAGUGUCACUUUGUGAUAUCUGAUCCCUUAAUGCUAAGAAUAUGCCCGUUACUUCGUAAAAAUGCAUGUUCAUUAUAAUGAUAAUUAUUAAACUUGACCACUUAUAG